AUGGAUAAUUUAGUAGAAGAAUAGAAUUCUACACAUUAUGAAAAUGAUGAUCGAAAAAUAGAGGAGAUAAAUUAAAAAGAGGAUUAAGCUCAUUGUAAUUAGUAGAAUUAUAUUAAUUAAUUGGAUGAAUAACCAAAGGUACAUUAAAUAGUUUAGGAUUCCAUUGUAAAAAAUGAAAAUGAAAAUCAUUAAUAAAUAAUACAAUUAUAAGAAAAUAUUAAGAAUGCAAAACUUGAAAUUGAAUAAAAUAUUAAAAAAUAUACCAGUUUAGAAUAUGAAUUUAAUGAUGUGCAAUCUUGCUUAUAAAAAUAAAUUAAAACAUUGUAAGAUGAAUUUAAUAAUUAACAUAAAGAGUAUUAAAGCCAAAUCAAAUAGUAUUAGAAUUAAAUAGACAAUAAGCAGUCAGAGAUUGAAAAAUUUUAAGUUUAAUUAUAAAAAUCAGAAUAAAAAUAUUAAAAACUUUAAGAAGUUUAAUUAGAAUAGAAUAAUCAGCAUAGAAUAGAUAUAGAAUCAUUAAUAGAAAGAUUAUAGUAAUCAGAAUCCUCUAAAGAUAUAUUAUAAUAAGAAUUGUAGAAGCAUUAAACUAAUUUAGAUAUAAUCUCAAAAUAAAAAAUAGAAAUUGAAUCAUAUAAUAUACAACUAUCUGAAUAAAAUAAAUUAUUUGAUAUAAUUAAAUAAGAUAAUAAAAUAAUUAUAGAGAAUUUAGAUAAAAAACUAAAAAAAGAAGAAUAGAAAACAUAUGAUACAAAUAAUGAAAAACUUUAAUUAGAAUAAUCUUUUUAAAAACAAUUAAAUGAAAAGAAUGAAUAAUUAAAAAAGAUAUAGAAUGAAAUUAAUUAAUUGAAUCAAUAAUUAAUUUCAUACAAGUCUUUAGAAUAAAAAAUUGAAAAAGAUAAUAUUGAUAUCAAUGAUUUGAAAUAAAAGUAAGAACAUAUUAUUAAUGUAAAUGAACAAUACAAAAUUAAAGUAAAAUAGCAAGAGGACAUUAUUUCAUAAUUUAUUGAUGAAAAUACUUAAUUUAAAAAAUAAGUUGAAGAUUAAUAGAAUCAAAUAAUAGAACUAAAAGAAUAGUGUUGGAAAGAAAUUGAAUAAAAGUCACAUUUUGAUAUAAAAUAUUAAAGUUUAUAAGAAGAAAUAGAUGAAGCUGAAUUGAAGAUAAAUUUAUUAGAAUCUAAAUUACUAGAUUAAUAAAAUAUAUAAAAAUAAAAUGAAAGCAUAUCUUUUCAAAAUUUACAAAAAUUAUAAAAUAAUAUUUCAUCUCUCAAUUAAAAACUAGUAGAAGAUAAAUAAAUUUAUGAGGAUAAGAUUUAGGAAUUGGACAAUUUAUUAUAAUAAGAAUAACAUAAUAAUUAGAUGAUAAGAAAAUAAGAAGAAGAUUUAAAUAUUCAAAUUGAAUAACUUAAUAUACAAAAAGAAGACUUAGAAAAAUAAAUAAAAUAAAAUUCACAAUAGAUAUUAUUUUUAGAUUAAUUAAUUUUGGAUUUAAAAAUAAAAAAUUAAUCAUAAAAAGAUGAAAUUACGUAUCUUAUUUAAUAAAUAGAUGAAAAUAAUUUAAAGUCAACAUAAGAUUUUAGUUAUUAAGUACAAUUAACAUAGAAAUUAAAUUAAUAUGAAGAUAUAAUAUUAGAAUUGUAGAAGAAUAAAAGCUAACUCUAAUUAGAACUAGUAUAAAUUAAAGAAAGUAGCAGUAUAGAAAAAACUUAAAUAUUAUAAGUAUUAUCUAAUACAAAAGAAGAAAUAAAAAUUUCUGAAGAAAAUAUUAAAGAAAAAUUAAAAGAUAAGAAUAGAAUUAUAUUGAACUUAAAAUUGGAUAUAAAAAAUAUAUAAUAACAUAUUUCAUAGUAAUAGGAAGAAAACAAUAAUUAUAAUUAAAAAUUACAAUAAUCAGAGGAAAAUAAUUCAGAACUUAUUAAACAAAUUGAAAUUUAAAUUUUUAAGUUAAUGAAAAUUAAGAUACAAUAAAAUAACUUGAAUAAAUUAAAUCAUCAUUCUAAUCUUAAUUAGUGAUAUGGACACAAACAGUUAAUUUAAAGGUGAGUGAAUUAGAAUAAUUAUCAUAAAAAAAUGAUUCAAAUACUAAAUUACUUAUGUAAGAAAUUUAAACAUUAAGUUAAAGAUCAAAAGAUUAAGAAUUACUUAAUCAAACAAAACUAUUGUUUCUAAUAAUGAAAUUUAAAAGGAUAAAAAAAUAGAAUAGCUUUAAUAGGAACUUACAGAAGCAAUUACAAAUUUGGAAAUUAAUAAGUAAACUUAUGAAGCCUAAUUUUUUACAUUACGAGAAGAAUUAAAUAAAUAAUAUGAUGAAAUGCUUAAAAAUAAAUUAAAUAUAUAAAAAAUAUAACUUAGUAAUUAAUAUGAUUAAUAGAAUUUUGAACUUACAAAUGAUAUUUAAAUUUAAAAAUAAUUGUUUUUAGAUUCUUAAUAAGAAUUAAAAUAAUUGAAGGAUCAAUAGAUUUUAAAUAAAAAUUCUUAUUAAAAAGAUAUUGAAGAUUUAACUUAAUUAACGAAAUAUUUAGAAUAUUAAAAAAAAAUAAUGAUCCAAAAAUUUCAAAUAGAAAUUGAUAUUUAAAAAUGCUAAAUUAUAUAGGAAUAAAGCAAUAAUGAAUAGAGUUUAGAAAAAAUCAAUUAAUAAUAGUAAUAGAUCUAAGAUUUAGUAGUCAAACAAGAAUAACUUCAUAUUGAUUUAGAACAUAUGUAAUUAAUUUUGAAAUAAAAAUAAGAAAAAGAAGUUAAACUAUUAAAUGAUUUCAAUUCUUAAAGUUUACUGUUAGAAGAAACUUAGUUGAACCUUCAUUCAAAAGUUCAAUAUAUAAAAGAUUAAGAAUAAUAAUAUUAAGCUGAGAUUCAAUCAUUGAAAGAUAAAGGUUUUGGUUUAAACAAUUAAAUUAUGAAAUUAGAAUAACAAAUACUUUAAUUAUAAAAUUAACAUUAAAUUGAAUUAUAGCAAAAUUCUAAAAAUAUUGAAUUUAAAAUAAAUCAAGAAAAUUAAAAUAUUUUGAUUCAAUUACGAUUCAAUUACGAAAUGACUUUGAAACAGCAGCUUUGGCAUUUUAAGAAUAAAAAAAAAGAAUGCAAGAUGAAAAUGAUGCAUUAUAAAUUUAAAUUGAUUAAUUGUUACUUAAGAAUUUAGAAUAGAAACAAUAAUCAUAAGAAUAAUUAGAGAGAAUACAUGAAUAACGCUAAUAAGAAUUGGCUUUACUAAAAAAUCAAAGAAUUGAAUAAGAUGACUUGAUAUAAUCAUUAUAAAAGUCUUAGAUAUAAUUAAAAGAGAGAGAAAAUUAAUUAGGGUAAUUGAAUAUCUCAUUUUCAAUAAUUUAAGAGGAGCUAUAUUAAAUGGAAUAGAAAUAUGAAAAUAAAAUAUUGUCAUAAAAACAAAAGCAUGAAUCCUAAAUUGAUGACUUACAUAAGUUAAUUUAGGAAUUGAAACAACAAUUAAAUACUGUUGAAAGUGAAGGGAGAAUGAUGUAAAAUAGUUUAAAUGAAAUGGAAAUAUUAGAUUUUAAAUGUAAAGAGCUAAAAACUGAAAAUGAAGAGCUAAAGUUAAAAAUUUAAGAAUUGUUAAAGCAACCUGAUUAAUAGAAAAUAGAGAUUUAUAAUAAUCAGAUCAAAGAGAAGAGUGAUUAAAUAAAUGAAUUGAAUUAAUUAAUUUAAAAAUAAAAAUAAGAACAUUUUGAAAUUUAACAGAAGUUUAUCCAAGAAAGAGAUUAAUUAAACAAUAUAAUAGUAGAACUUAAAGGAGAUAUUUAAGAUUAAAAGAAAUUAAUUAUACAAUAAUAAGCAUAAAUAUAAUCAAUUACUUUAUAAUAUUAAUCCAAAUAAAACUAGGAGUCAUCUAAUUUAAUUAAUUUUAAUCCAUAUUUGUAAAAUCAUUCUUACUAAUAAGCUUAAACAGGAGAAAAAUAAAAUACUAUUACCUAAAAAGAAUUUUAAAUAUUAGAGAAAAAAUCAAAGGAAUAAUUAAAUUAAAUUUAGUAAUUAUAAUAUGAAAUAGCUGCUUUGAAGUAGUAAUAAGAAGAGAGAACAAAAGUGUAAAACUAAAAUAAUCAAGAAACUCUACUUCUAUGGAAACCAUUGUUGAGAAAUGUGCAGCUCUUCAAUAAAUAAUUGAUGAAUAAAGCAUAAUUAAUUCAAAACUCAAUGUUGAGAUUGGUCUUUUUAAAUAGCAAAAUGAACAAUUGAAAGAAGAUAUAAGAGUAUGUUAUUAAGAACUGAAGGAAUUAAGAAUAAUAUCUUAAGAAAAAUUCAGAUUGGAAAGUGAACUUUAAUAGGCACUUACUGUAGUAGCAGAACAAGAUAAUAAAUCAAAUAUGUUAGAUUUAAAUAAAUUAUUAAACCAAGAAUUAUCAGAGAAAAAUAAAAAAUAAUUUGAAGAAUUAGAAAGUCUGGGGAAGUAAUUAAAAUAAAUAGAGAAAUAGAAAUAAAAGGUAAAUUUAAUAAAAAUUAUUAGAUUUAAGAAAAACUGAAUGAUACAAUUGAAGAAUUGGAAAAAUUGAAAAAUUUACAUUAUAUUUCUUAAUAAGAACAAGAUCAGAAAAAUGCAAAAUUAAUUGGAUUAGAAAGGUUACUUUAAUCAUAAUUGUAAGAUUUUUCAAUUUUGGAAUCUUAGUAUAAAGAUUCAAUUAAGAAUUGUUAGAUUUUGAAGUAAUAACUGGAUGAGUUAUAUAUAAUUAGUAAUAGAGAAAUAGAUGAGUUAAAUAAGGAUAGACAAUAGAAAGAACAAAGAAUAAAAUAGAUGUAGGAGGAUAUAUAGAAUUUAAUCAAGGAUGUGCAUAUUUAAAAGGAUUUUUAAGCACGCUAAAAAUAAGUUUCUAAUGCUCCUUUAACAAAAAAAGAUAAAAUAGUAGUAGAAUCAUUGGCAAAUAGAGUAUAAGAAUUAGAAAUGUUAAAUAAAACAAUGAAAGAUUAAUUUUCAGAAAAAAUAAUUAACUUGAAAAAUGAAUUAGAAGAAAGAGUUUCAUACAUAUAACUUUUAGCAUAUCAUCUUAGUAAAGCAUAUCCAAAUUUAACUGAAUCUGAUUUGUAUAUAUAAGAAAUAUCAAAAUUAGGAUAGAAAAAGAGGAUAUUAAAGUAAUCCAAUAACUAAAGAAGAGAUAAAAUAUUUAAGAAAUACUUGAAGUAUUAUUAGAAUAAAAUUAUUAUAGAAAACUAUGAUAGAAAAUUUAUAGUUAAGGGAAUAGAUAAAGUUAUUAGGAGCUGAGCUAAAUAAGAAAAAAUGA